AUGUCGGGGGCCGCGCCGAGGACGGUGAUCUGCCUGCUGCGCAGUGACCUGCGCUACCACGAUAGCGAGGUUCUACGCUGGGCUCAGAAUAACGCAGACUAUGUCAUUCCUCUUUACUGCUUUGAUCCAAGACAAUACCUAAGAACCUAUUACUAUGGUUUCCCAAAGACUGGGCCUCAUCGACUCAAAUUUUUACUGGAAAGCGUGAAGGAUCUAAGGCAAACACUCAAGAAAAAAGGAAGUAAUUUGGUGGUAAGGAAAGGGAAUCCAGAAGAUGUGGUUCAUGAUCUUAUUACGCAGCUGGGCUCCGUGGCUGCCGUGGCUUUCCAUGAAGAGGCGACGAAAGAGGAGCUGGACGUGGAGAAGGCGCUGCAACGGGUGUGCGUUCAGCACGGGGUGAAGAUCCAAACCUUCUGGGCAUCCACUCUCUAUCACCGGGACGACCUGCCGUUCAGACACUUUUCCAGGUUGCCUGAUGUCUAUACCCAGUUCCGAAAAGCAGUGGAGGCUCAGGCCAAAGUCCGUCCCACUGUACAGAUGCCAGAUCAACUAAAGCCUCUGGCCCCAGGGGUAGAAGACGGAUGCAUCCCCGUGCCUGAGGAGUUUGGACAGAAGGAUCCCCCGACAGAUCCGCGAACAGCCUUCCCCUGCAGCGGAGGAGAGACCCAGGCCUUAAUGAGGCUGCAGCAUUAUUUCUGGGAUACGAACCUGGUGGCAUCUUACAAGGAGACUCGAAAUGGACUGAUAGGAAUAGAUUAUUCAACCAAGUUUGCACCAUGGCUGGCGUUAGGUUGUAUUUCACCCCGAUAUAUUUAUGAGCAAAUCCGGAAGUAUGAAAAAGAGAGAACUGCAAAUCAGAGCACAUACUGGGUCAUAUUCGAACUCCUGUGGAGGGAUUACUUCCGAUUUGUGGCCCUGAAAUACGGGACAAGGAUUUUCUUACUGAAAGGACUGCAGGAUAAAGAGGUGCCUUGGAAGAAAGAUCCCAAGCUAUUUGAUGCUUGGAAAGAAGGAAGAACGGGGGUUCCUUUUGUAGAUGCCAACAUGAGAGAGCUAGCAGCGACGGGCUUCAUGUCCAACAGAGGGCGCCAGAACGUUGCCAGCUUUCUCACCAAGGACCUGGGGUUGGACUGGAGGAUGGGGGCAGAGUGGUUUGAGUACCUGCUGGUGGAUUAUGAUGUCUGCAGCAAUUAUGGAAACUGGUUAUACAGCGCUGGAAUUGGAAACGAUCCAAGGGAAAACAGGAAGUUUAACAUGAUUAAACAAGGCCUGGAUUAUGACAGCAACGGAGAUUAUGUCCGACUGUGGGUUCCGGAAAUACAGUGUGUAAAGGGAGGGGAGAUACACACACUCUGGGCACUGAGCAAUGCAGCUCUCUCACAAGCUGGGAUAGCUCUAGGGGAGACCUAUCCACUGCCAGUCGUCCUGGCCCGGGAAUGGAGCAGACAUAUCAACCAGAAGCCUAACAAGAGAGACCACCCUCCGAGGGGAAGGAAAGAUCCCUCCGACACGCCAAGACAACACAAGGACAGAGGGGUGGACUUUUACUUCUCUCGCAACAAAGAUUUAUCGUGA